CUUUAAUAUACUUAAAUGGAAGAAAAAUAAAGAGGAAACGUGGGUAUCCCUAUGGAAUUUUUAUGUGAUUAUUAAUUCUUUACAAUGGGUUGAGUUAUACAUGUAUGCAGCAUGCCUAUCCAGAAAGAGGUUUUAGCUGGAGCCAUUGGUGUUGGUGCUGCCACCUUUGGUUGUUACUAUGUAUAUAAACAAAUAACCAGACGUUAUUCAUUGGUUGAAUCAGGAGGAACUGAAAAUGAUGCCUCUGGAUCAGCAGAUUUCUUUGAAAGUACAGAAAUAAUAGAACAGAGAACAUGUAAUAGAUCUGAAGGUCCUUUGAGUGAUCACCAUUCUGUUAACCCUGGAUCAGAACCUGAACAAGGAACCAGUUGUGGCACAUCAAGAGGAGAUAACUGUAUAAAUAGUGAUGCCUCUCAGAGCAACGAACCUGCAGACCAUGGAGAUGUAAUCUCACCACAGAUUGUUCUCAAGAAAACAAAUGAUUUAGGGGACAAUCAUGUCAGUUCACACCAUGUAUCAUUACAGGAUAACCAUUUGACAAACUCAUUUAAUUCAAGGCAGCUUUUAGACAAUAGAAAAUUUGAUUGUUGUUCAGCUGAUCCAUCUCCCCAGAAAUAUGCAUGUUUAAAUGUAAAAGAGUCUGUGAUGCCAAAUAAUGACAAAGAUAUGGGGAAGGCCUAUGAAUUUGAUGUACAGAAAUCAGAUAUAACUGAAAUCAAAGAUGUGCAGGAGGAAAUAAAUGCCAACCAGAACCAACCAGAUUUAACUAUAGACAAUGAAGCACAUGGUCAUGAUGGUCUAGAGAGAAGUAUAUCUGAGAUUUUAAACGUGUAUGAUUACUCUCCAACAACAACAACACCUACUGAUGGAAGUCAAUAUACACAUCACAGAUCUAGAGAUUCCACUUCAUCUUUAAAUUCUCAGACUUCAAUAGAAAUGGAUGUAGCUCCACUUGGACCAGGCAGAAUGUUAGUAAGCAUAAUGAGAGAAAUAGGAAAUGAAUUCCAUGCCACAAUACCAGAUUCCAUAAAUGGGGAGCCAUUUUCACCAGUGAAUUCUAUGAGGUAUUCAGAUUUUUCAGCUUUACAUAUACGGGAAGAGGAGACUCUGUUGUCUAGUGAUACUUUUCAGUCAUCUAGUCAGGUUCCAUUAGAACAUAAUCUUGAACAAUCUACUCCGAUUCAAAAUUCUCAACCAGUUCAUGACAUAAUUCAGUCUCAAUUAGUUGAAGUGGAAAAUCUAGCUUCACACCGAAGUCAGCCUGAAAAUCAAAUGAUUUCACAACCAAUUCAACCUUGUAUCUCAUCUAUGAAUCGACCAGAACCUAGUCCUCAGUUGCCUACAAUAUCAACGAGAACUUCCUUGCCUCCAGCUGGUACUACUACAUGUAUAAGUGAUCUCAAUAUUGAAAAUACCACUCAAAACAAUUUUAAUGAUCAAAAUCCUAUCACAAGGACUAAUGACAACAACCUUGACACAGAACAAGGUCAAUCAGAUAAUGACCAAACUGUUACAGAAAGUGUUUUGACUAACGAAAGGACUGAAAGUACAUCAGAGUAUUGUACAAUGACAAGUAAUAGUGACAAUCUUUCACAUAAUUUGGAUGAUAAUAAUAUUGUUACCCCUGAGGAUCCAGAGGUUCUCCAUUGUAGAUCUGAUCCUAACCCGGAGUGUAUGCCAGUUACUCGUAUGCAAUCUGUACCUCAACUAGAUGCUCAACCAAGUAACGGUGCUGACAUAUCUAUUACAGAACAGGUGGAAACUAUAUCAGAUCUAGAUGAUGAAAAAGACAUCACAGAUGUUGUAAUUCUUCAUGCAGAAGAUGAUAGACUAAUAGCCUUAGAUUUCAUGAAUAAUAUGGAAGCAGAAUUCCCAGAAUUAAAACUAAAUUUGAAGAUAUUUGAGCAGUUGAAUGUAGGCAGAAGUAUGUUUGAAUCAGCAUCACUUCUGUUUGAAACCUGUAGAUUCCUAUUUGUGUUAUUGACAAACAAAUUUGCAAGGGAUGACCUACCAAGAUUUUUGAAUGAGAUUGCAUUGGUUGAGACCAUAACAUUUAAAGACAGGAACUGCAGGUUAAUACCAGUUCUUAUAGAUGGUGACUGUCGUGUUCCAGAAUUAGGUCCCAUAAUCCCUUUGAUGUAUAAUAGAUAUUUGGAGGGCAAAUCUCGAGGCAUUAGAGAUCGUGGAUUUAUAAAUAGUUUUGAGAAAUUGGUGGAAAACGGUAGAAAAAAAUACUUGACAAGCUAG